GCAAUGACGGCUCCUUCGGGCAAUAUUUGUGAACGUGAAGGAAGGCCAUCGGCUCUCGGACACUUUCUCUCGAAGUUUGGUGCAAGAAAGAGCCGCAGUAAAAGUCCGACGAUGACACUCUCGCUGAAGUGUAAGGCGAGCACAUUACCUACGAACGGUACACCGUCGAAUGGCACAACGCAGUUUCGAAUGAGUAACAACGAUGUGAGUAUUUGUCACUGA